CCAAGAGCACACUGUGAACAAACACUUGUGUUGUGGUUCAAGUUUCUUUGACCUAAAUUUAACAUGGAAUUUCCAAAUUUCUGACAAAGAUUCCUGUAAGUUUACAGGCAGCAUCACAGUAUAAAUGAGACAGACACACAUUUGCAUGAACUCACUUCAGCUCAGCUCUGCUUCACAGUCAAGAAUGAUGAAGGUUCUGUUGCUGGUUCUUGUUCUCGCCCUGGUGUUGGCUAAUGGAUCUGCCCUGAAAUGUCACAACUGUGUCCCCCGCACACCUGGAGGAAGUUGUGUGACCACUCAGGAGACCUGUGGCUAUAAAAAAGACACCUGCGUAGCUGCCAGAUUCACUAUCACUCCCUAUUCUUACUUCCGGAGGUGCAUUAGCAUGGCAGACUGCAUGAUUCUUCAGUCCAGCCCCUAUAUUAAAGCCAACUGCUGCCAGACGGAUCUGUGCAACACCCCGGCCAUUUAAACCCACAAAUCUCAAUACAUAUCAAGCCAUAAAGGGAAAAAUGACCCAAACUGUGGCAUUUAGUGCAUGUCACACAUGUAUAAAUUAGCGAAAUUAUUUACCAAUGCAAGACCAUUAUAGGUUAAUGUUGUUAUAGGAUGUUACACAACAUGUAAAUUAUUAUUAAGGUGAUUCUUUCAGUAUGGCCACUUUUUCAUAUCUGUAUUCCAUAUUCAUACUAAAGCUAAAAAAAUUUGCCUGAACAAAAUCUUGCAUUAAGGACAUGAUUGUGCUAAAGCUGUUUAUCAUUUCACCUGUGUCUUUACGUCUGAGAGUGUAUAGUUCAUUUGUCACGCAACAGAUUGAAAAUGAACACAUCGUUCAUAAAUGACCCUUCACUAAUGUGCAGUAGGUCAUACAGGCAUUACAUGUAUAAAGAAAUACUGUAUAAAGAGAAUACUGUGCACAAUAUACCUAAUAAAAUUAUUAUGGAUGUAGAUAAAGUACUGUUUUGUUGAUUUA